AUGGCUGCCUGUUCCAACGGCCUCUGCGAAACUGAGGUCUGCAUCGAAGACAUCUUCGACUGGGACCCCUGCCUCGCCUGUCGGUCAAUCUAUGAUGGCUUCGUCUGCUGCCCACACAAUUCCUGGACCACAAAUAUUCGGUCGAUUCCCCCUGCCUCUCAACAACUCUCCGAAGCCGACCUAGAUCCUUACUUUAAUAAUUUUGAAGCUGCAACGCGGGAUCUAGAAAUAUUAUUGCAGGGUAAUAUUGAAAGAGUCAACCGAAGGACUUUGUUACAUCUUCAGGCACUCUCAACGGACAUGGCAGAGCUUGGUGCACGGUACAAUGCGUUCUCACUUUCGGAACAGUCUCCGACCGUCGCAGCUGCCAUAGAGCGAGUAGGUCAAGCUGCCGAUUCGUCCUACAUUGCAACUGAAGAACUGUCAUCCAUGCUCGGGGCAACAUUUGCGGAGCCGAUGCGCGAAAGCGCGCAAUUCGCCGGAAUUGUCAGAAGCGUCUUAAGGUAUCGGAUUAUGAAGCGGAUACAAGAGGAAAUGACAAAAGACGAACUAAUUAGCAAACAACGAUUACUUGAGGGCUUAGAGAGGAGUGAGCUUGAAGCAAAGCGAAUCGACCAAUAUCUCUCCAGUACCGGCUCACCUGAGGGUACACCUAAACGCUCUACCUCGUCAGCCUCCACGCGGAGUGCGCAAUCAAAGGGAGAUAGAAGAUCAGAAGGCGAUCAAUCCUCGAUAGAUUCGGAUUUCCCUCCCACCCAUGGCGAUAUCUCACAAUCAGGGGAGACAGACGCUAAUCCAAGCACACCAUCAAGAAGCCGCAGUAAGAGCCAAGGAGGCGGCGGUUUCGUGACGAACAAGAUAUUUGGACGAAUCAGUCAUGCCGUUCACGGUAUUGUGGACGUUGAUCCAGAGCGAACGAGACGUGAUCAGAUUGGGAAGACUAAGGAAAGCCUCGUCCAUCUUGAACAAGCGCUGCAAGUUUCCGAACACGAUGUAAAGGAUGCAAGUGCUGGGGUGUUGAAGGAUCUCAAGCGCUUCCAGUGCGACAAAGAGGAAGAUCUAAAGCGAUAUAUGAUAGCAUAUGCAAGGUGUCACAUCGACUGGGCGAAGAAGAAUGUGGAAACCUGGCGGGAAGCCAAAGAAGAGGUCGGCAAGAUCGAGGCACGGUAG